AUGUUAGUGAGCAAUGACUACGAGCAGAGCACCCUGAUCCACACUGCGCUGUUCCUUCCGGUCUAUCUGGCAGCCGUUAUGGGGAAUAUCCUCAUCAUUGCCAUCACUACCCUUGACCGGCACUUGCACAUCCCUAUGUAUUUCUUCCUCAAGAACCUGUCUAUCCUUGACCUUGGCUACAUCUCCGUCACAGUCCCCAAAUCCACCUUCAAUUCCCUUACAAAUAUCAACUCCAUCUCUCUGCUGGGCUGGGCUGCCCAGGUAUUCUUCGUGUUUUUAUUCGGUGGAUCAGAGUUGGCCCUGCUCACCGUGAUGUCCCACGACCGUUAUGUUGCCAUCUGCCGCCCCCUGCACUAUGAGAUCAUCAUACCCCACGGAGCCUGUGUUAAUGGGAAACCACUGCAGGUUCCCGAGGAGUGGGUAUUCUUCGUGUUUUUAUACGGUGGAUCAGAGUUGGCCCUGCUCACCGUGAUGUCCCACGACCGCUCUGAUGCCAUCUGCCACCCCCUGAACUAUGAGAUCACCAUGCCCCACGGAGCCUGUUUGCUAAGAAUUGCAUAUUCCACUUACCAUGUCUCAGAAGAUGUGAGUUUCGCCAUCAGUAUCUGUUUAGGUUUCUUCUGCUUUGUGUUCAUCGUGGGCUCCUUUAACCUGUCCGUCGUUGACGUCGCAUGUAUCUCCGUCACAGUCCCCAAAUCCAUCCUCAAUUCUCUCACGAAGGUUAACUCCAUCUCUCUGAUGGGCUGCGCUACCCAGGUCUUCUGCGAUGGUGCCCAGUUGCUAAGACUUGCAUUAUCCACUGAUCAUGUCACAGAAGAUGUGUGUUUAGCCAUCAACAUCUGA